UUCAAUUGCACAGACAACAAACCUCUAAAACUAUCAAAAUGUUUAAAUUGCUCGCAGUCUGCUUCUUCGCUCUCUUCGCUGUUGCCUUCGGUGCUGCUAAGCCCGGUUUGUUGGCUGCUCCCGUCGCGUAUUCAGCUCCGUUAGCCGCUGCUCCUCUUGCUGCUGCCUACGCUUCUCCAGUUGCCGCCGCUUAUGCCGCUCCCGUUGCCUACACCGCCGGAUAUGCUGGUUACGUCGCUCCAUAUGCCAGCAGCUACUCAGCUCACUCCAUCGCACACUCUGCCGCUUUCCCAGCUGCUUAUGCUGCCGCUCCAGUAGUUGCUGCUCCAGCCCCUGUUGUUGCUGCUGCUCCAGCUGUUGCCGUAUUGAAGAAAUAAACCUGAAGCCUGUGAAAAGCCUACAUUCUUACUGUGAUUAACUAAAUCUUAUCGAAAUAAAAUAAAUACUGAAAAUCUUUUGAAACGAAA